AGCCGAAGAUGUCGGCUCGGCUAUGUGAUCAUCCAAUCACAGCUGAUUGCAUGUAAAUAAGGAAAUGCUGGUUAUCGGCAUUUCUCUCCUCACAAGCUGUCACACUGACAGCUCAAGAGGAGAGCAGAGCCGAUAAUCGGCAUCCCUCAGAGGGGGGCAUCUACACUGAUCAUCAGGGCACUGAUGAUUAGUGUGCCCUGAUGAUCUGUGUAGCCCCAUCAGUGCCACCUGUCAGUGUCCAUCAGUGCCAGCUGUCAGUGCUCAUCAAUGCCACCUGCCAGUGCCCAUCAGUGCCACAUCAAUGCCACAUAUCAGUGCCUACCAGUGCACAUCAAUGCCAAAUAUCAGUGCCCAUCUGAGCUGCCUUUCAGUGUCACCCAUCAGUGCCAGUCAUCAGUGCUACCUAUCAGUGCUGCCAAUCAGUGCCACCUAUCAGUGCCAGUCAGUGCUACCUAUCAGUGCUGCCAAUUCAGU